CUAGGGUUUUGGUCCGUGUUGUGUUGUUGAUUAGGGCUUAGGAGGCGGCCGAGGCAGUGCAGUGCUGUAAGGUGAAGAAAGCGGUGGAAGAAGAGUUGCAGAGAGAAGGGCAAUGGAUGCGUUUUCUUCAUCGCCGUCAAGUGGGUCGCCAUCUCAGCAGUUCUCGUCCUCGGAUUUCAAGGACCAACUCAAGACCCAGCUUGCCCAGGCUUAUGCCGAGGAGUUCCUCGAGACCAUAAGGGCGAAGUGCUUUGACAAGUGUAUUACAAAACCAGGGUCAAGCCUCGGUGGGAGUGAGAGUAGCUGCAUAUCUAGGUGUGUGGAUCGGUACAUUGAGGCUACUGGCAUUGUUAGCAAAUCUCUCUUUAGUGCACAACACUGAUUUUUUGGAGGGGAGAAUUUCUCGAAGAAUGUCAAAGUUGCAUAAUUUCAGAGAAACUAUAGAUAGACAGGUAGAGGUCCUGUGUGGUAUUCUAUACCAACUCUGGUAUCUUUCAUGCGGGAAAUUUCCUUCACAUUAAGAACUGAUUUACGUACUCAAAAUUAUAUCCCCUGCAAACUUUGUAACCCUCUGCAUUUUGCCUGCUGCUGUUUUGGAACUAAA